AUGCGUGACGGAGUACACCGCUUCAGUCCUCGCUCACUCGCUCGCUGUGUUGAUUGCGUUGAAGAGGGGGGCGACAGUGCAGUGCGCAGACACGCUCUCAUUCACGGCUCGAGCGCUGUCCCAGCCACCAUCUCUCUGCCGUCGUUGUCCGUGUCGCUGUGGAUCCGCUUGCUCCCCGGUGCGCCGCUCACGCCAUCACGCCAGCCGCCGUCCAGACCCCGCCCCACCCACCACCACUACACACACACACACGGACACACACAGCGUCGUCCUCGGCGACGUCCCUUCUCGUGCCCCCCUCUGCUGCGGCAGCGCACCCCUGCCCAGCUCAUGCGAACUGUACACCCGUCAAGGGGCGACGGUAGCGAAAGAUGCGCGUGUGGCGCGAGCACAUACGCCGACCUUGCUGACGCCUGCUUGAUGCACAGGUGCCGCAGCUGCCGCCGCCACUGCUGCAGUGGUAUCCACUCGCUUUCCUCAGUACUUUGCCUGCAGCGUGCCUGCCUCGCUCUCAGCAAGGCGAAGUACGUUGCGAGGGCCGGACGGCAAGAGCGCCAACCAAAGCUGCACAGAAGACGCGCUGCGGUGCGCGGUGGCGGUGCCGCUGGUGGCAGUCUAAACACCCGAGCAGCAGCUCAUGCGGCGGCGGACGCGGAAGGCACACACUCGGUGCACAGAGUCUACUCCAACGUGCGCGGUGCAGCGCGACAUCACGUGGCGGUCUCUGAUACUGCUGCCACCGGUGCGCAAGACAGAGACGCGGUCCUGCUGCAUCUCUUCGACUCGGCUACGGCGCAGGACGGGCAUCGGCCCGGGCGAGCAACGGAGGGGGCGGCGGGUGGUUGGACGGCGUCUCCCGUGGUUCGAGGUGGCGUCACGCGGGAGUGCACCACGACGGCCGUGCUGACCGCACAGACUCUCCCGCCGCCGCGCGUACCUCGACCGCGCUUCGCACGGCCGUCAGCGUGGUCUUCGGAAGCGGCGCUGAUACGCGCGACAGCAGCGAGAAUCUCCAGCACCCACGGCAGCCGCAGAACAUCAUCUGUCAUGUUGGACCCCACGCAAGCGAAAGCGGUUGAUUUGGCUGCCCGUGGCUUCAACAUCUGCGUGAUGGGCGGUGCUGGAAUGGGCAGGUCGCAGACGCUGCGUGCCAUCGUAGCGGCGCUGCGAAGUCGCGAGGUGCACGAGUCCGAGGAAACCUUGCGCGCGGUGGCGAACGCGGCCAGCUCGCCACAGCGGGGUGGCAGCUACCGGCGUGCGGACGCGAGGGGGCCGAAUGUGGCGAGAAAGGAGGGGCAGAGCGGGCAGCGUGGUUUCGCAGGGCCAUCACCGCCGCUCCACUGUAAGCGUCCGCCAUCUCGCCUGCCCGAACGCUCGCGCGCCACCACAUCCGUGUCGAGGUCGAAGCCGCGCUCCUCUUCGGCCGCCUGCGCUGCGCCGGCCCUGAGCAACGUCUGCGCCACCGCCAUGGCCAUCAACACUUUUGCCGGCAUCGGACUUGGUCGUGGAAGCUCGGAGCAGCUGCUUCACACGGCGCAGAAGAACGCGGAAGCGGCGCAGCGCUGGCGUCAAUGUCGCGUCCUCCUCAUCGAUGAGGUCAGCACACCGGAAGCCUCGCUCUUCGAGCCGCUCGACUACAUCGCACGUCGGGUGCGUCGGUGUGCCCACGUGCGCCCUCUGGCGGCAUUCAGGUGA